UGCCAAACCCUUUUGCUAAAGCCGCCAAUUUCAAGGGUUGAAGCUGAAGCUCAACAUAUUUCCCAGAUUAAGGUGGUUUUGAGUGUUGGUGAAGAUGUAUCUCCAAUUUUACAUCAACGAUAACGGUGACAAAGUUUACACCACCAAGAAGGAGUCACCGUUAGGGUUAGCGACAGAAUCAGCCCAUCCUGCCCGCUUCUCCCCUGAUGAUAAAUACUCGAGGCAGAGAAUUCUUCUGAAGAAGCGCUUUGGUCUGCUUCCAACCCAAGGCCCUCCUCCCAAGUACUGAGUUUGCUAGCGAGAUCCAUCCCCUGUUGCAGUCUUGCAGAUAUGGUAAAUGCUCAGAAAUAGAGUGUGCUGUCUACAUGGGCAUAUAUUUGUAGGCUGUAACAUUAUCAUGACUGAAUUAAUGUUUAUCACUCCCUUUUAACAAGUUUAUUAUUAAUACUGUCUUAGUCUUA